AUGUUGAAAGCUGUGGUUUUAAUCGGCGGUCCACAAAAGGGCACCAGGUUCAGGCCCCUGUCAUUUGAAGUCCCCAAACCUCUUUUUCCUGUUGCUGGAGUCCCAAUGUUGCAACAUCACAUUGAGGCAUGCGCCAAAGUCCCGAAUAUGAAGGAGAUUUUGCUUAUUGGCUUUUACCAACCUAAUGAAGAAUUGACAAGAUUUCUUGUCAAUGCACAGCAGCAAUUUAAGAUUUCAAUCAGGUAUCUUCAGGAGUAUUCUGCCUUGGGCACUGGAGGGGGACUUUAUCACUUUCGAGAUCAGAUUGUUUCGGGAAAUCCUGAGGCUUUCUUUGUUCUCAACGCAGAUGUAUGUUCAGCAUUCCCCCUCACUCAAAUGCUCACCUUUCAGAAAGAACACGGAGAGCCAAACAGCUUUGUAAUCCUCGCCGCUACAGCGAACCGAAAGCAGUCCCUAAAUUAUGGAUGCAUUGUUGCAAAGGAGGACACAAAUGAGGUCCAGCACUAUGUUGAAAAGCCGAGCACAUUUGUUAGCGACAUUAUCAACUGUGGGAUCUACCUGUUUAACCCGGACAUCUUUAAGCACAUCGGGGCAGUGUUCCAGAAGAACCAGCAGGACAUGUUGUUAUAUCCAUACGAGGGAGAGGAGCAAAACAAUGGAUGGCAUAGAGCAGAGCACAUCCGCCUGGAGCAGGACAUUUUCACUGCUCUGGCGGGACAAGGGAAACUUUACGUGUACAAGACUCCAGGCUUCUGGAGCCAGAUUAAAUCGGCAGGAUCUGCCAUCUAUGCCAGCCGCUUGUACCUCAACCAGUACCAUACGAGUCAUCCUGAACGCCUGGCCUCAAACAAAGAGGGAGGCCCCAAAAUUAGUGGUAAUGUUUACAUCCAUCCGACGGCAACUAUUGACCCCACAGCAACAUUGGGCCCAAAUGUGUCGAUCGGGAUGGGCGUGACGAUCGGCGCAGGAGUGAGAGUACGAGAAUCCAUCAUUCUUCAUAAUGCGACGCUACAAGAUCACUGCUGUGUUUUGAACAGCAUUGUGGGAUGGGACAGCACCAUCGGAAAGUGGGCGCGAGUGGAGGGAACGCCCAGCGACCCCAACCCCAACGACCCGUACGCCAAAAUUGACAGUGAAACAUUAUUCAGAGAAGGAAAACUCACUCCGUCUAUUACUAUUUUAGGUUGUAAUGUGAGUAUCCCCUCUGAGGUCAUUAUACUCAACUCCAUCGUCCUCCCACACAAAGAACUCAACCGCAGCUUCAAAAACCAAAUCAUCCUCUGA